AUGCACUAUCUGCAAUAUGGCUUGAUGUGGCGAAUGCGUAUCCCACUAUACCGCAUAAACUCUUUUUCAUGGCCCUUCGUCGCUAUGGUGUUUCAGACUCUUCGGAUAAGGCUUAUUGACGCCUAUGGCAGCCUCUGGAGCAAGUCAUUUUCUUUUACAGCCUCAUCCAGCUGGCACCAACACUUUAGAGGUAUUUUUAUUGGAUGUACAUUAUCAAUCAUACUAUUUUUGGCAGCUAUAAAUGUAAUCAUUGAAUAUGUGUGCGCCGAAGAAGAGUUAAAAAGUUGUGUUCCGCCUGGCGAUUCAGACCAUCCUCCGGUUAAGGCUUUUAUGGAUGACAUAUUUUUAAUUUCUUCAAGUGUCCCUCAAACUCAAAACUUGUUGGAUCGUUGUGUAACAGCCCUUCAUUGGGCUGGAAUUGGCUUUAGACCUUCAAAAUCACGAAGAAUUGUUAUAGCUAAUGGAAAAGUUUUAGAUCAGUCUCCUUUUUGUGUCCUGCAAGAACCAAUCCCAUCUAUUCACGCAAACCCAGUUAAGUUUCUUGGCCGGACGAUAAAUUCAACAUUGUCAGAUUCAGCUGUUGUCCAACAGGUUAUUGUCAACGCUGUGGAGCAAGUCAAACUCAUAGAUAAGUCUUCCCAUAGAGGCAUUCACAAAGUGUGUUUGUAUUCCGCUUUAUCGCCAUGCCCGUUACCUUUAAAAAGUCUAUCCUCUGUACUAAAAUCUGCUAAGAUCAGCGGUCAUCUUCUCCUCCAAGAUUCGACUGAUCCUCUCGUCUCAGACUCUCCUCCAGACUUAAAGGCUGGACACUGGAACGUAGAUCAAACAGAAUCAUCAGAGAGUCAACUCGAGUUUAAGAAAAUACUUGGUUUCCACCAGUUUGGUAGAGCAGGCUUGGGACUGGUAAGCCAUAAGAAUGUCCCAGCAAUUGGUACCCAUUCUUACCGCAAACUUUCAUCAGAUGUUGUGCAGGACAAUGAGGAAGACAUCUAUUAUGCUCGAGCCGUUCAGCUUCAUGUCCAGGGUAACUGGAGUAAAUGGUGCUCGUUUAUUAAAUACGAUCUUUCUUGGAAGAACCUACUGUCUCUGCCGCAAAGUUUAUCUUCGUUUUGCAUCGGCGCAACCUAUGACACGCUUCCUUCUCCUAUAAAUCUUCUCAAGUGGAGAAUUCAAAAUGACAAAAGUUGCACCCUAUGUAAAAAACCCUCUUGUAACGUGUCCUACAUUUUAGGCGCUUGUAAAUUAGCCCUUUCACAAGGUAGAUUCACGUAUCGCCACGAUAGAAUUCUACGUGUGUUAGUGACAGCCAUUCAGAAGUUCUUAUCCGAUUAUGAGCCAGCAAAACCAUCUAGAUGUCAUAAAAUAUCCUUUGUUCCAGCUGGUAAACGUCUUCCCACCAAAAAGCGUUCAAAAUUCAAGGUGUCCUUCACCUGGCCUCUGAUUGGAGAUUAUUGUCAGACUUAG